CCAAAAGAUGGAACCACCGACAUCUGAUCUGAGGCCCGCUAAAAGCGGCAAGACUCGCAAAUCGGCCAAGCCAUUCCCAGGCAUCUCCUUCGUGAGCAGCAAAAGCGACCAGCCGAAAGCGCUCGCCUCAGUCGAGACGCCCCAGCGCCACGCGAAUGUCGUGGACGACUACCCCGGUGUGGCGGAGACGCGCAUGCCGUGCGAGGCGCCGGCGUCUUUCGAGCCACACGGGGACCCGACGAAGCGAAAUUCUGCAGACGUCACGGUUCGUUCGGGGCCUGCGCAGGGGUCCACGAACAGGUCGCCUCCGGCCGGAGCUGUCGACGACGAACCGCGUAGUUUCGAUGCCGUAACCGUUUCACGGCGUGACUCAGGAAGUGAAUAAGUCUCGUCGGCAGCGCUAGUGGCCGAAAGGGCAAUGCUAAGGCCACCACGGAGGAAGGUGGACGCUGCUUGUUCCCCGUCUCCCUCUGGAUCCUUCGGCCACCACGGGCCCCGUCCCAGGAGAGCCAUGGUCGACGGGGCCAGAAAACCAGGUCAGCGACGACAAAAGAGAAAAAAGCACAAGGGCAGCGCGACGGAUGCUGCACCAUCGGAACCGAGCGGCGUUGGAGCACGAGGAGCGUUGCCCUCCGUAGUGGCCUGCUUGGUGGUCGUGCUUGUGAGCGCUGCACUGGUGGCCUACAUUCGCUCAGCCCUUCUACCCUGGCCCCACGAACGCGACAGCCUGAUGUGCCGCAGAAGUGAGUGCCUCGAUCACCGGCACCUUGUUCUGACGAAGGUGAACUGGAGUGUAAAUCCAUGCAACGAUUUCGAAUCAUUUGUCUGCUCUAAGUGGAAGCCGUCGGCUGACCCCUACGCGUAUGGCUCGGCACUGGCCAGUCACGCCAUCAUAGCGUGGUUCAAUGGCUUCCACACUUUGAUUACCAGAGGAGUUGACCACUUCAGCGCAGUCAAGAAGGCGCGUGGCAUGUUUGAGGUUUGCCUGACUAACAACGCUGCUAAUGGAUCUUCCUCAGUUUUAUUGAUGCAGUUCAUGUUGGAUCGAAAGAUACCGUGGCCGAAUGAUCCUCUACCUAGCGCUAGUCCAUUUGGCGUCCUCUUGGAUCUGGCGUACAAUUGGAACAUUCACCUCUGGUUUCGGCUGAGGCCGCUGAGGAUGCAAAAGGGAGAGCCGCACAUCUUGCUCUUCAGGGCGGCCGACUUUGUCCCUUUGUGGAAUGCGUAUAAGGAUGAAAACAUUCGAGUGGAUGGAGUCCUGAACUACUGGAGCAAAUUUCAGGACACUUUCGCGAUGGACGAGCCCCGUCGUAGUGACGUCGAAAUAGAGGCAAUAAACUCUGUGGAAAGGAGCGUAUUUUCCCAGCUUCAACAGCUACUCGAGACAGAAUGGGUUACCCCAGGCAGGUUCUUAUUAAAAGAUAUUUCCAAUGUCACAACCAGCAUGCCCUCAGCCGAAUGGAUAAAAGAACUGAACAUGAACGCGCGGGUAGAAAGUGGUUAUGGCCCGUCAGACCUCAUUAUCACAAGUGACGUAGCGCUCCUGGAAACUAUAGACAGAAUUUUCUUGAAGUUUGACCGGCGUUCUCUGUUGCUACAUCUGUCAUGGUUCUUCAUUCAAACUUUUGCCCCGCUUGAAGACCUGCCGAAGAGUUUGGAAGAGACUUGGUCGUCUGACGUAAGGCGCCGACGGCAGUGCGCCAUUCGAAUUGAGGACUCGUACGGGUUGCUGGUGAGGUCACUCGUCGUGGUUUCCCGCUUCACGGCAGAGUCGAGAGCCGCAGUCGACAGGUAUCUUGACCGCGUGACGCAGAUAGCCCGUAACAAGAUCUCCGCUCUGUCCUGGUUCGCCGACGACUCGUUCAGGCGCACUGCGUUCUCGAAGCUCCAGAACACCAGGGCUGUCCUCUGGCCACCUGAGAAACUGUUGACGGACGAAGGACUGUCCGCUAUAUACGCCAAUUUCUCGUCCAAAGAGGCAUCACUGGUCGAGUACUGGAUUAACGCCAUGAAAUCCACUCGCGCACUGCGGGGCGAACCCAAGUACUAUAACGUGCUGGACUUCCCGAUCAACUACCUGCAGCCCCUCUUCGCAUACGACUACGUUUUGAAUAAGGUACUCAUAUCAGCUGCAGCCCUCGGCCUACCGGCCUACACUGGGCGGGGAACUCGAGCAAUGGUGUACGGCGGACUAGGUUUCUCUUACGCACUGCAGCUGGUGAAGGCUUUCCAUCAGGGAGGCUUCAAGGUUGACGCAGACGGACAUGUAGGCGCCAACUCGUGGGCGCCAGAGGAGUGGUUCGAAGCACUCGCCAGAAGGUCAACAGAAUGCUCUGGAUCACCUGCGAACAAAAGUCUCUUCCCUGAAGUUCCAGCCCUGGAGCUGGCGCAUGCCGCUUACGAAGCUUCGCGCGGUGACGCGCCGCAAGUCGGUCGCAUCACUAAGGUGUUUACCGAGGACCAGAUCUUUUUUAUCACCGCUUGCUUCAGCCUGUGCAACCUUCCACCCACGCCGGACUCGCUCAGGGGCGAGUGCAACAAGGCGGUCGCCAAUUUUGCAGAAUUCAGCCAGGCCUUCAACUGCGGCGUCCGCGACCCUAUGAAUCCCCAGACGAGGUGCUCUUUCUUCAGGUAGCCGCGCCACUUGAGUUCUGUUCUCUUCGUGUAUUGCGACUGAAAACCUUCACCUCCUCCCGCGUACGAGUUACGUGCGACGUUUCCAUUUCAAGGCUCUACUUAGGACCCCAUGUGAUUUUUCGAGACUGUCUCAUACGACGCAGUUAUAUCCGCGCCUAAUUUAUGAGCUCUUAGGGAAGGGUUACAAUAAACUAUAUUGAGCGGGAAAAGGCUAGGUUUCAAAUGACUGCAUAGUUUUGUUUGUCAUAUAAUUACUUGGUCUAGCACGUGACGCAGUUGACUGCUCUAUAACAAGAGAAGGAUCCGUCCUGCGUGUCCUGACUUACCUAUAUAUACAAAACGAAAUUCUUCUUUCUUUGUUAUAUAACAUGGCGAGGUGAAAAACUGUGGGCAACAAAGAAUACCUCAACUACUCUCUACCGUCGUUCCAGUUCACUGUCUGUAUGGUAAAACAAGUUCGACACAAACAUGUAUUACGCUCACAUUUGUCUUGGCUUUAAAGCGACACUAAAGGAAAAUAUUAGGCCGAACUAUGUUGAAACAUUAGGCUUCUGAAAUAAAGACUUCGUCA